AUGAUGUUCCCCGGCCUCCUCGCGCCCCCCGUGGGGUACCCCAGCCUCCUGCGCCCCACGCCCACCUUAACGCUGCCCCAGUCCCUUCAAUCGGCAUUUUCCAGCCACUCGAGCUUCCUGGUAGAGGAUCUGAUCCGCAUCAGCCGACCCCCUACCUACCUACCCCGCAGCGUGCCCACCGCCAGCAUGUCGCCCCCUAGGCAGGGGGCCCCUGCGGCUCUCACAGACACCGGGGCCUCGGACCUGGGCUCCCCCAGUCCGGGCAGCCGGCGGGGCGGAUCACCGCAGACUGCCGUCUCCCCUGCCAGCGAGCCCACGUUUCUGAAGUUUGGGGUGAACGCCAUCCUCUCCUCCUCGGCACCCAGAGCCGAAGCAUCCCCCGCCUUGCUCCAGAGCGUUCCUCCCAAGACCUUCGCCUUUCCCUACUUUGAAGGCUCCUUCCAGCCACUCAUCAGAUCUUCGUAUUUCCCAGCGUCCUCGAGCGUCGUGCCCAUCCCGGGGACCUUCUCCUGGCCGCUGGCCGCGCGUGGCAAGCCUCGCCGGGGCAUGCUGCGUCGAGCCGUUUUCUCCGACGUGCAGCGCAAGGCGCUGGAGAAGAUGUUCCAGAAGCAAAAGUACAUCAGCAAGCCGGACCGCAAGAAGCUGGCGGCUAAACUCGGCUUAAAAGACUCACAAGUGAAAAUCUGGUUCCAGAACAGACGCAUGAAGUGGCGGAACUCCAAGGAGCGCGAGCUCCUGUCCAGCGGGGGGUGCCGGGAGCAGACCCUUCCCACCAAACUCAAUCCGCACCCGGACCUCAGCGACGUGGGCCAGAAGGGCCCCGGGGACGACGAGGAGGAAGACGAGGGCCCCGGAAGCCCCCGCCACCGCCUGGUUUAUCACGCAUCCCCCAGCCCGCGGCACCCGCGGGACCCGCGGCUCGAAAGGCCGUUGCCCCCCUCACCCGCGCACUCAAGCAGCCCCGGCAAACCUUCGGACUUCUCCGACUCGGAGGAGGAUGAGGAGGGCGAGGAGGAGAUCACGGUGUCUUAG